AUGAACAGAUUGCCUGUCAAAUCCCAAAGACCAAACCCUAACCUUCCAUCACUCUCAUCUCCUCUCUUCUCCUCUCUUCUCCUCUCUGCGCGGUUAGAGGUCGAGACUGUUGCUGAACUGACUAAUAUGAGUGAUGAAGGGGAUGUCUCUACUGGUGGGGAGAAGAAACAUAAGAAAAGGAAGAGCAGUGAUUUAGGAGGAGAAGACGGUAGUGUACAAUUAGCUGAUGAAAGUCGUCCGAAUAAGAAGAUGAAAAUGCAGGUUUUAGGUGAUACUCCUAGGGGAGUUCCGGAUGUAGACUUUCGUGCAGAUACAUAUAGAAGUUCCAGGAAGGAGAAGAGAAAGAAGGUGAGCGGAGUAGAUGUAGAUACACUUGGAGAUGAUUACAAAAGUAAGGGGAAAAUGAAGAAGGGUAAGUCUGGAGAUAGGGGAGAGGCUUCUAAGGUUUCAGAAGCGUCAGUUGAGACUGUAAAUGAGGAGUAUUCAGACCGGGAAGUUAGUAAAUUAGGUAGGAGUAGAAAGGAGGAAAACCGUGUUAAGAAAAAUGAAAUAGAUACUAUGGAUCGUAAAGAGGAUAGUGUUUUGCAAUCUAGUACUGGAGUUGCUAAUGAUAUUGAGAUGCUAAAGGGAGGAGAGGUGCCUUCUAGAGAAGAAGGGCAUGUGAAGAUGAAGAAGAAAACAAAAUCAGAAGCCAAUAGUGGUGAAGACAGUCAACUUGGACGCAAUGGUAGCAAUGAGCGGGUGAAAAAGAAGAAGAGUAAAUCAGAAAAAUGCAAAGAUGCUGAAUUUGCUGUUGCUUCAGAAAUCAUGAAUAUCAAAGGAAGUAUUCGUGAUACUAAUUUGAUUGAAUAUCAAUUGCACGAUGAGGUAAUUGAAAAAGUCCACCCUGUGAAAGACAAGAAGACAAAAAGGAAAAAUAAGGAUGAUCCGGGAGCUGGUGUUUUAGAUAAAGAACUUGGGAAGAGUAUCUGUAGGGCGUCUGUCGACGACAAUGAAAAAUGUAGGGAUAAAGGCAGUAAAAAGAAGGAAAGAUCUCAGGGGUGUAAUACUGAAGGGGAUGCAAAUGCUGGUUCAUUUGAGAACAACGUGAGGAAUGAAAGUACUAAGCCUUCUGAAAAUACCAACAACCACAAGAAAAAAAAAAAAGUAAAGUUUUCUGAGAAUGUUGAAGUUUUCCCCCUUUCUGAUGUGUCAAGCAAGGGGAAGAAGAAAAAGGUAGAAGAUGGAAGUGAGGAGAAGACAAAUGUCGAUAAUGGAUUAAUACAAGGUAAGCGAUUCUCCAAAGAGGAAGAUGAGAUCAUCCAAAAUGCUGUAUAUAAGUUCAUAGAAGACCGGCAGCUGGGGGAAGAGGGUGUAGAAAUGGUCAUGAACUCUAGGUUGCACCGAGAAUUAAGAGGCUGUUGGAAAGAAAUUGGGGAAUGUUUGCCUUGCAGACCUUAUGUGUCUGUCUACUACCGGGCUCAUAUACUUUUUCAACGAAGUGAGGAUCCUAAAUGGACCGAAGAAGAGGUCGAACUAGUCAAGAAAUUCCAUGAAAAGCACGGUCCAGAUUGGAAAACAUUGAGUGUUGAACUUGGUAAACAUCGAUUUCACGUAAAAGAUGCAUGGCGGAGGAUAAGGUUGCCCAAUAGUAAGAAGGGAAACUGGUCCCAAGAUGAGUACCAGAAUUUAUUUAAUCUUGUCAACAUGGAUUUGAGCAUGAAAGCAUUACAGCUACGAGAUAACAUAUGUUGGGAGGCAAUUAGUGAUCAGCUCACAACUCGAAGUAAUGCUCUUUGUUGUAUGAAAUGGUACAAUUCAUUAACAUCUCCUAUGAUAGCUGAAGGAAAGUGGGCUAAUGUUGAUGAUUAUAGGAUGUUGAUUGCACUUGUUGAUCUUGAUGAAGCUUGUGAAGACGAUGUGGAUUGGGAUAAUCUUCUGGAACAUAGGUCUGGUGAUGUUUGCCGUAAGCGUUGGAAUCAAAUGACACGCCAUAUUGGUGAGUAUGGUACCAAAACUUUCAUCGAGCAAGUUGAAGUUCUUUCCCAGAGAUACUGCCCAAGUUUAUUAGAAGCAAGAGAAUCUUAUGACAACAGACCUCCUGUUGAUUGAAGCAAGGUGUUCUGUCUGAGAAAUUCAAGAGAUCUUCAUGUUUGUUUUUGUAUUUUUUUUCGGUUUCUUUGUGGAAUUCACAGGAGACAUUUUGAUAAAUUAAGUUGCUAUCAUAUACUUAGGCUGUAUUAUUAAGGAAGUUUACCUAUUUGUAAAUUUUUGGGUCAAAACUAUAGCUUCUCAU